AGGAGAAGUUAUAUAAUUUAAAUAAGGUUCUUAACUUUUGUGAAGCAAAAAAGAAUUGUGAUUUUAUAUCCUAUACACCCAAAAGAAUAUUAAGAAAUUCUUUAUAUUAUAAAGAUGAAGAACCGUUAAAAAACACGGGAGCAAAUUGGAUUUGCAAAGGAGAUACUUGGAUAUCUUCUCGUCAAAAAAAAGAUUGGAUUACAGCCAUUAAGGAAGAACACAUAAGAAGUCAAAUGAAAAACUUCGACAGUAUUUUCCUCAAUAUUACGGGUGAAUGUCAAAAGGAAAAUAUAAUAAUGAAAGUUACAAAAUUUAUUACUCCCAAAGAAGCAGCACAUGAAUGCCAAAGAAUUAUGAACUGUAAAUUUAUCAUAUUAAAUUAUAAUAAACAACUAGGUUCAAAGUCCCUUAAUGAUGAUAAAGCUAUCUUUUGUUCUCACACACCAAUAAAUAGAAUAAGUAAACUCGGUUUCAUGAUAGCUGGAAAAAAUAGUUCAAAUAUGAUUCACUACACAAAUAAUAAAAAGGAAAAGAACACAGGAAUUAUAAAUACAGGAAUGGGGGGAACCAUAACACCUGAUAAUUAUUAUUAUAAUUAUAAAAAAGGAGAUAUUGUUCAUGCAUCUUAA